AUGAAUACGAGCCCAACAAAUGGAGACCCUGGCCAUGGGGCUUCACAUACAGGAUCGAACGCUCAGCUUCGAUUCAAUAAUGAUUCUGCAUCUGUAACUGCUAGCAUUCGUGCGCCAUCGUCCAAGUCCUCGGUCGGGAAAGGAACCGGCCGCCAGAUCACACGGAAUCGCGCCAGCUACAGUUGUCACACCUGCCGGAGGCGGAAGGUCAAAUGCGACAAGGUACACCCCGUGUGCGGAAAUUGCGUAAAAGCCGGAAGCGAAUGCGUCUACGACGCGAUGCCCCAGAAAGACGAGCUGCGCAGUGGUCAAACAAAAGACGGGCAUCGCGUUAAGCGACGCAGGGAGUCAUCACGACCAGUGGAGGACGAUAUCGAUGGAUUGCAGUCGGUGUAUAGCCAUCUAAGACAAGCUAGGUCUUCGGAACAGAAAGCAGGAUCGAAUGGGAUCGAGGCCCGGCUGGAUAAGCUUACAUCAAUGAUCGAGCGUCUAAGUAAGACGAAUCAACCGUUGGAUCCGGCAGAGAGGCAGUUACUGGCACAGAACGCUCAACUGGAGUCUGCGAAAAGGGAGGUCCGACAAAUUAAUGGUCGGCCAUUGAAAUCAUCCGGCAAUUCUCGCCCCGACAGUCCCCGCCGUGCAACUGAAUCGAGUGGUGAUGAGUUUCCUAUUCCGUCGGGCCAUGCUACUGACUUGGUAGAUCCUGUGGGUAGUCUGAAUCUCGGUCACCUGAGCUUGGAGGAUGGAGGCAGGUCAAGAUAUGUGGGGACCACCUAUUGGGCUUAUAUAUCAAAUGAGAUCAACGAACUCAAUCAAUUACUGCGAGACCAGAAUCGCUCGCACAAUGACUCCGCGGCUAAUGAGAGCUCCGUCGAUGACUCGAUGUCUGACCCAACGGCGCGGACACCAGGUAGCCAAUGGAAGUUUGGCAGUAGUCCUCGCGGGGUAGGCGCGGGGAGCAGAAUGUCUACCGGUGAAGCCUUUCAGAAAUCGGUGCUAUUUCCUUCGAGUGAAUCACCAUCUGUGAUGGAGAAGGUUGUCGAGCCAGAAAUGCUGGAACAUGUGCCAAACAAACGCCAAAGCCAUAUCUUAUAUCAAGGAUUCAUGUCCGGGAUUCACGCCAUUAGCCCGGUGAUCCAUCCCCCGACGAUUUUGAAAUUAUACAAUGCCUUUUGGAACUGGUACGAUUACAGUAGUUAUUCUGGCGAACCUUGUCCGGAUCCAUCAUUCAUACCGCUGCUAUACGCCAUUUGGUAUGGUGGAUCAAUCACCGUAUCGAUACGUACCAUCAAGGCCGAGUUCAACAUUUCUUCACGGUCCGCACUUUCGCAGACAUUCAAUGACGAAGUUACACGAUGGUUGACCAAAAUAUCGUUCCCUCGCAGCCCGUCAUUGCAGGGCCUGGCUGCAUAUCUUUUGGUCCAAACGAUACUUUCAAAGGAGGAAGAGCCUCUCACAAGCAGCUUGUUUGUAAGCCUGGCUAUGAGGGUGGCGCAAACGAUGGGACUGCAUCGUGAUCCUGCCAAAUUUGGCAUCCAGGCUCAUGAAGCAGAAUACCGCCGACGCAUAUGGUGGCAUAUUGUGCAUAUGGACGGUGUUGUUGCCAUGUCCAGUGGACUUCCUCCUUUGGUCAGCGAUGAAAAUUUCUGGGAUGUGCGCGAAGCUAGUGAAGUGAAGGAUACUCUACUGGGCACUACAACAGCAGAACAUUACGAAAAACUAGUCGCUGCGGGCAUGCAGCCGCGCGACAAUCCCGAUGACCCAACUGUCUGUGGCGGACCUUCCCUAGUGAACGUGUAUUACCUAUUAGCCCGAGGCAAAUACGUCAUGGCCUGUGCUGUUCGGCGAAUAUUGAAGAUCCAGCUAGGCAUUAAACCCAUAACCCGAAGGGACAUGGAAGAACUUCGAUCAAUUCUUCUUGAUCUCCAACUUCAGCUGAAUUCUAUAAUAAACCGCAUUCCUGAGUCGACGGCUACCCACAGUUCUCCAGAUAGCUCGUUCAAAUCCGCACAAUCUCCGGUGGAAGCUAAUUCUAGUGAUGCCGAGCUCCCUGGGAUAGGGCCUGGAGGUUGCCUAGAACAAUACCACACGCCUGUUCUUGUAGCCUUCCAUAAAUGGGCGAGGAUACUUCUUUCGCUGUUUAUUGAUAAAGCCUUCUGUGUUGCCUACCAACCAUUUCUUAAGAAUGCUAAGAGCCGCAUAUGGCCGGCUGCUAGACAAAGUGCCCUUCGUCACUGUCAUGGUUUCAUGGAGAAAUUCAUCUCCCUUGCCUCCGACCCUGAAUUCCAGCCGUUUCAUUGGAGUUGGCCCGGUAACCACCAGCCAAUGCAUGCUGCCAUGAUAAUGCUUAUUGACCUCUACGAACGACCGUCGAGCCCUGAGGCCCCGAAGUCUCGGGCAUUUAUCGACAAAAUCUUCUCACUUACCGGCCCCGACGGAGGCGUGGUCGGGGGUGAAGAUGGCAUCUCGACCCAACGACCUCUGAAAGACGGAGGCCGCGAAGCUUGGGAUAUGAUUCGCAGGCUACGCCUGAACGCAUGGCAGAAGGCUGGUUUAGAUCCGCAAAAGCUAUGGACUGAACAGGCACAAGAGCAGGCUGGCGUCGCCUCUGCGCCUGAUGAAUACCCUUGUGCCAGCGACCCCUACUAUGCUAACAAUGCAGGCUCUCCUUCUGUUACCCCGAUGUCGUCGCGGCGGCAGCUAUCUGAUUUCUCGAAACUGUUCUACAACAUGACCCGUUCUCAUUUGCUUCCUAACCCCGUGUCUACUCUGCGACCCAGCCCUCUUCGAUAUGAGGUACCUCCUCCUGCCGGCCCAACUUCCGUCCCAGCAACUCCUGCCGCGGCCCCUACGCCGCAAUUCGCCAAAUCUCCUGUGACGAAUUCUUAUCCUGUUGAUAACGUUCUUGUGGGGUCUCCUAUAACUCCUUCCGGAAUCAUUCCACCAUUCAAUGCUGCUAUUCCAAACCCCCAGUCAGGCACUACCCCAUCACCGUCAACUCUCCUCCCCUUCAUGGACAUAACCUCCCCAUCCAGCCAGCCCCUGGCCGUCCCAACACCUCCGUCAAUGGUAGAUCCGAAUUUGAACUUUGACUGGGACCAAUGGGACGCUGUCUUCGGCCAGCAUCUUCCUGUGGUAGAUGAGCUCAUGGAGCUAGAUCCAGUUACGGGAUUUGAAUUUGGAGACCUUGGAAAUACGAAUCCCACUGGUGGAAGCCAAGGUGCUGCUAGCAUGCCAGGGGGUGAGGUGGGAAUACAUGAUGUUCGUGGCCCUGACUGGGUUGGCUAUUGUUAA